CAUCUGAUGCAUUGAUCGCCGCAUGCCUUUUUCUCCGAACUGCUUUCCUCUGCACUCCCAGGAUGAACUCCCCGGUCAUCGUCUUCUCCCUUGGGGCUUGGAUCACCCCCCCUUUCUUCCAUGCCCUUCGAGCUCAACUCCAAGAUCUCGGCUUUGCAUCCAAAUGUCCAGCCCAUCCUUCAAUUGGAGCUGAGCCUCCCUCCAAGACCCUGUCGGACGAUGUUGCCUCUCUCCGAAGACUCUUGACGAAUCUCGCCGACGCCGAGAACGAGAUUGUCGUUGUCGCUCACUCCUACGGCGGUGUGGUAGCAUCUAACGCAGUGGAUGGCUUGAGUAAGACCACACGUGCGCAGAGCGGCCAGGCCGGCGGAGUCGUUCAAGUGAUCUAUCUCGCCGCCUUUGCACUCGAUCGCGGGCAAAGCCUACUCGAGAUGCUGGGUGGGAGCUUUUUGCCCUGGAUGCAGGUGGAAGGCGACUAUGUCCACAUCGAUGGAUCCAGCCACAUCGGCUGGCAAGACCUCCCGCUCGACGAGCAGGUUCAAUGGAAUACCUUCACACACCACACCUCCCGCGCCGUCUUUGCGGGCAAGGUGAUGCAUGAACCUUGGAGUAGCGAGGUCCCCUGUGCAUACGUGAUCUGCGAGCAAGACCAGGCCAUGCCGCCGGCCUUCCAGGAGGGGUUUGCCGCAAAGGUCGCGGGUCCGGAAAACACAUACCGGCUUCCGGCAUCACACUCGCCGUUUUUGUCCAUGCCGAUACGACUGGCAGACGUGCUGGUGGAGGCCAUUGGGGAGGGAUCAGAGGAGGCCGUGCUGAGUCGUUUAUAGAGGGGGAAGGUCAAUGCACUGUAUACCAUGUCUAUUAAUGUUAUUGCCACAGUAUGCGAAUAGUGGUUGUAGGAAGUGGACGGAAAAUUGCCAUUGCGGGUAACUACGAAGCCCUGUACUCGUGUACUAUCGGCGCGGGACCAUACUGGAUCCUUUUCAUCUUACCAACUUCAAUCUUCAGCAUAUGCCGAGGUCUCCUUUUCAAUCGACGGUAGAAAGUUCA